AUGUCCUUUGGCGUUCUCAUUUCAGGAGAAAAGUACAAAACAGUCAUUCUUGAUGCUUGCCAUGAUGUCAAGCAAUCUUCGGCUGUUAAGCCAUCUAUAUUAUGCCCUGCGAACAGCUUCAUGAAAUCGGGCGUCAUUCGAAGCAUUGCCCAAGUUCUCGGUGAACACGGUGUGCUAGCCGUAAAUAUUCUUUGCUCAAGAGACAACUUAGCAAAUGAGGAGCACGUCCUUUCCGUAUUCAGAGAACACUUUGCAACGUGUUUUCUUCUGCGAUACAGCGCAGCACAACGGUUGCUCGCGUGCACGCAGAGAGAGGGAUGGAGUUUCGGUGCGCAGAGAACACGAUUCAUACAGAACUUACAAGACUUCGACAACCAGUUCAACUUUAGGCUUAGCGCCAUCAUUCCUAGAGAGAAUUAG